ACAUGUAAAAAAUAAUAUAAUUCCACAUUUCUCCUUCCCAGAUCGACACACGCACUGAAAUACCAACGCAAGCAGGAAGGAAGGAAAAUGGCUCAAGCAAUGGCUUCAAUGGCGGGUUUACGUGGCAAUUCACAGGCUGUUUUGGAAGGGAGUCUCCAACUCAGUGGCUCAACCCGCUUGAACGUGUCCGGCUCAAGCAGUGCCAGCGCCAGGGUGGGUUUUCCGGCUCGGACGGGACUGGCCGUUAGGGCACAUCAGGUGUCGAAUGAGGCGGAAACUAGUCGCCGGGCGGUGCUAGGGCUGGUGGCUGCUGGUUUAGCCACAGGCUCCUUUGUUCAGGCUGUACUGGCCGAUGCCAAUCCCAUCAAAGUAGGCCCGCCACCACCUCCCUCUGGUGGAUUGCCUGGGACUCUUAACUCCGACCAGCCAAGAGACCUUGGGCUGCCAUUGAAGGACAGGUUCUAUCUUCAACCUCUGACUCCGGCACAAGCCGCGGCCAGGGCGAAAGAAUCGGCUAAAGAAAUUGUUGGUGUGAAGAGUUUGAUAGACAAGAAGGCUUGGCCUUAUGUUCAAAACGACCUGCGUUUAAGAGCUGAAUACCUUCGUUAUGAUCUCAAGACUGUGAUUGAUGCCAAGCCCAAGGACGAGAAGCAGGCACUCAAGGAACUCUCAGGAAAGCUCUUCAAUUCCAUCAGCAAUCUGGAUCAUGCUGCAAAGGUCAAGAGCGCUCCAGAGGCUGAGAAGUACUAUGCUGAGACUGUAUCUAACUUGAAUGAUGUCCUGGCGAAGCUUGGCUAAGAGAGCAUUUUCUGUACCUUAAAAAUCAAAGCUGUGUUUAUCCUUUUCUCUAUGAGACUCUUCCUUUCACUUGCUAUUUCAAGGGAAUCCUAGUGGAAUUGCUUUUGCUUAAAUUUCUAAUAAAAACAUUUCUUCGAUGGUACUUGUAGUAAA